AUGAACGACCAACGUGCAAAAAUUUUUAUGGCUUUAAGAAUUUCUUUUCCCUCUUCGUUUUAUUCCACUACAACGAUAAAUACAACCACCAAAGUCAAAAAAGCACAAGCAUCACAAAGACCUUUACCGGAACUUAAAAAUAAAACUGGUCAAUACAUCAUUUUUGGGAUAAUAGGUGUUGGCUUUUGGAUUGGUGCUAUAAUUGCUUCAUUUAAUUAUCAACGGCUGAAUAGUAGUAUUGUACAAGGAAGUCUAUUCAAUUUAAAAUACCAUCCUAAAGCUAUAGAGUUAUUAGGAAAAAAUAUCAAUUUCGUUUCUAGUUUUCCUUGGAUUAAAGGAAACAUUAAUCAUUUAAAAGGUCAAAUAAAUUUUCAAUACACCGUCAAAGGUGAUAAAGGAAAAGGAAUUAUUCAUUUUCAUUCUAUCCGAGAUGUACAAGACCGUAAAUGGAAAGUUAUAAAAUUCACUUUAACUACUGAAGAUGGAAAAGUCGUUCCAUUGGAUUUGGAUGAAUUAUUUGUAUAG